AGUUCCACCAUCACUUUAGUUGUGUCUCUCAAUGGGACCAGACGUGUGAGAAAGAAAAGAAAAAAACAUUUAAAAACACAUCAAAAACCUUCUUUAAAAAACAACUUCAAGUCCAAAAUUGACUUGCAAUUUUGUCUUGAGGACAAGGACAACCUUCUUGUGUUGGUUGAAUUUUCUUUUAACCAAUUAUCCGCGACCCUCUGUGUGUUCGGGGAGAAAGUGAACGAUUAUUUUUGGUGUGAAAGAGUUUUGAGAAAAGACCGAGAAGAGGACUGAAAAAAAAAUCGCCGAGACAAAGAAACCGGAAAGAAUGAUAAAAAAGUGUUUUGUAAUAAACUUUUAGAGACUUGGCGGGUUUUUUUGUUCUCAAACUUUUUUUUUAACCUAAAAAAAAACAAAAUUUGCGAAUUUCGCGGAGUUUUGAGAAGAAAAAACAACUUUGAACAAAAAAAUAAGGAAUAAGAAAAGAUGAAGAUUCUCGUGAAUACACCAAAUGGUACAACAACACUGUGUGUUGACAUCGAUCAGAAGGCAAUAGCACAGGAGUGUCUUGAAAAGGUUUGGAGAGAUUUGGGGAUUGUAUGCGAAACGGAGUACUUUGGCCUUUUGGUCCACAAUCGUCGCUCAUCUGUGGCAGGUGAUGCCAAUGGGCAGGUGCUGGCCAAUUCUGUGGAUGGAGAAUCUCGCAAUAGGCAGUGGAUUAACUUGCGGAAUCCACUUGGACGGCAUAGCAUUGAUGGGAAUUACCACAGCCUGGCGCUGAGGGUUAAAUUCUGGGUGCCUGUCCACAUAAUCCUCCAGGAGAAUGUGAGGAAUCUCUUUUAUAUGCAGGCAAGGCAGGAUUUACUGGAGAAUCGUCUCUUGGCCACUGAUUGGACCAAUGCUGCCCUCUUGGCUGCCCUGAUGGCACAAGCCGAUGGAGUGAAGUACAAGGGGGCUCUCCCUGAGGGUGCCAGGGAGAGCCCCACGGUGGUGGCUGUGCGGACGCAAGAGAAGGAACAGCGUCGUGGCUCGAAGAGGAAGUGCUCCGAGGGUAGCCAGGAAGCAGCAACAGUGUGCCAGAUGAAGAAAUGUGAUUCAAACCAAAUGUACGAGGUGUACUGCAGCAUUCGCCCACAGGGGGAUGCUGCUCAGCAAAUCCCGCGAGAUUUUUGUGCCAUGGUGGCGAAGGAACAUGCCAAACUCACCAAAUUCCCAGCUAAAUCAGCCAAAUACUGGCUCCUGGCGGAAAUCUCCAAGCUCGAGGGGUACGGCGAGGAGAUUUUCCAUGUGCCCAAAAGUGAAUUUGGCACACAGGGGCAGAUGGACAUUGCCGUUGGGCCCCAUGGGCUAGUCAUCUACACUCCAGGGGCUGAGAAGAAAGAAAUCCCCUACAGUGCUGUGGAGUCGGUGAAAUCCAAAGGACGCAGCUUCCGGUUGCGCUACCUUUCGCACGAUCACACAAGUACGGAAUUGGAUCUGAAGAUGCCCUGCCACAGGACAGCCCAUGGGCUAUAUCGUGCCAUCACGGAAAAGCAUGCAUUUUAUUCCUGCGAAACAGUCGGAAGUGCCGUCCAGACGCAAUUUAUUCGUGAUCUUAAGGGAACCUUUGUGUCAAUGUUCAAGGAGGACACAGAACUGGGCAAGCGAUACGUGUUUGAUAUUCAACGGACAUGCAGGGAGGUGUACGACAAUGCCCGGAGGGUGCUUCACGCCCAGGGAGUGGAUAUUCGGUGCUCUGAGGAUGCUGGAGCUGAUCUGGAGAGUCGCCUGAGUGCCAUGGCGGCCGAUGUGACGGCUGUGGUGGCCGAAGAGGAGGCUCGACGGGGACAAAUGGAGAAGAUGGUGUCAGAUCGCAUUUCGGAAGCCUUCACCUGUCGCGUUUGCAUGGAUAAGGCCAUUGAUACGAUGUUCUCACCCUGUGGCCAUGUUGCGUGUUGCCGGUUGUGCGCUGAAAAGUGCGAUAACUGCCCCAUUUGCCGUGCAAACAUUGCCCACAUCAAUAGGAUCUUCCUGCCGACAGAGCUUAGGCCAAAUCAAUAGGAAUCCACCCAUUUUCUGGCCCAAAAACCCGCAAAGAACUUUUUUUUAUGAAGUUUCUUAAAAUUCUUUAUUAAGUCCAAAAUGACGAUGAUGAUGCAUUCAUUGAUUCAAAAACUUUUAUAUUAAAAAAAAAAAUCUGAUAAAAAGAUUUGAAAAAAAAAAACAGAUUUAAAAAAAUGUGAUUAUUAGAUAGAUUAACUAAGAAAUUACUAAUAUAACAAAAACUAUAUUAUUAAAAAUUAUAUUUAUUUGAUAAAAGUGAUUUGUUUAGAAGAGCUUCAAUGAAAAGAUUUUCCUUUUCUUUAGAAAUACUUGAAUUUCUGCUUUUUCGCUGAUUUUUAAGAUUUUAUCGUUUUAUCAAUGAAAAAUAUAUAAUUAUCAAUGCAAUUUUUAUCUAAAUAAUAAUAUAUAUAAAAGAAAAAUCUUACAGUAUUUUCAAUAUAAAAUGCAUUAUGUUGAGAAAUUGGAGGAAAAAAAUGUGAAAUAAAUUUAUAUUUACAAAAUAAA